UUUGCGUUUAAAGUUACUCAAGACAAUAAUCAGAGUUUUUUGAUAGAUCAUAGACUAAGUGGUCCAGUUGUUUUUGAUGAUCAUUUAAAUCAUAUUUCUAAUUUGUGGAAUUUUAAAUCAGUCAUUUCGAGAUGGCACUUGAGGACAGAGUUGGGUUUGAAUGUUUCUGAAAAUUGUGAAGAAGAUAUUGGUCUGUUUUUUAAAGGAAUUAGUGAUGAAGCAUCAUGGGCAGUACAAAUGCUAGAUGCAAAUGGUAAAUACUCUGGAGGAUUAUUAUCAGGAAAUCGGUUCUGGCUUGGAGCCGUUAGCCAAUGUAGAGAGCUUGACAAUGAAUUUAUUCAGUAUCGACUGUUCAAUGCAAGUAAUAGAGGGAAAGUUGAUUUGGAUGGUAUUCCUCCUUUUCCUGUUGCCGUUAAUUCGGUAAAUGUUCAAUUCCGAUCACCUGAGAUACGUCUGAACACUAUUCAUAUAACUAUUGGACUGUGUCUUCCAUCAAGCUGUCAAAGUAUUGAUGUAAAGAAGCUCUUGAAUUUCGGCAUAGAUGAAUCACUAAAGGCCACGAGCACGGAGAAAGAAAUUAGGAUAAAUUACGUCAGAAACUUGUCAGAAGGAUAUUCUCUAUGGCAUGAUUCUACUUUUCAGAUAAUUUUAACCACAAGUAUAUUCGUCAUUUUCAUGGUUAUUAUGGGGACAAGCUAUGAUAUUGCAUUGCGAUAUAAAGUUUUGAGUUCCUUGAAGUCGGAAAACUCAAACAAUGUCAGCAUUGUUAGACAACAUAAAACCCUAAAAUAUGAAGAAAGUUUUAUAAAGAAAGAUAAUAACGUAUUUACGUUUUCUAAAUUGUGGAGUAUCAAAGAACAUAAUGCAACACUUGAUCUUUGGAAUACAAAGAGUGUACCUAAACCCAUGUCUGAGGCUCUUUUAUCAUUCAGCUUACUGUUGAAUAUCUCCAAACUUGCAAGCCUAGAUGUUGGACAUGAUACAUUGGCUCCUAUUCAUGGAAUACGACUAAUUUCAAUGUUAUGGAUUAUUAUGGUACACAUGUGUCUUAUCGCCAAUGAAGUUUCAGAUACUCAUUUAUUUCGUAAAGUAGCAGAAAGAGAUUUUUUUUAUCAAACAAUUAGUAAUGGAACUUACGCUGUAGAUUCAUUCUUUUUUGUAAGCGGAUGUCUAGUGACAUUUCUCUACUUUAGAACCAUGUCGAAGCGAAGAUUAAAUGAAAAGAAAAUCACUCAAGGUGCUAUUGGAAAAAUACUUCAGUUCAUUGGAUUAGUUUUUUAUCGCUACUUUCGCUUAACACCACCUUACCUCUUGGCGAUUGGCAUCGUUCAGACUUUAAUGAAGUGGUAUCAUGAUCACUCUGCUAUUGAACUACCGACAUUGGAUCAUGAAACUUGUAAGAAAUUUUGGUGGAGAAAUGCCAUCUAUCUCAACACUUAUUUUGCCAUGGAAGAAAGGUGCAUGGUUUGGAGUUGGUACUUAGCAAACGAUACUCAAUUUUACAUAUUUGGAAUCAUCAUUCUUAUUAUUGGAUCCAGUUAUCUCACGGCAGCUGCAAUAAUUGGAGUUUUCGUCCUUAUUACAUCAUGGAUUGUAACUACUGUGAUCGCCUUCAAUACCAAUCAUAUUCCAACAAUUCAAGAUCCUUUCGCACAUUACGAAAGCCUAUAUGAUAAACCAUGGACUAGAAUUGGACCUUACUUAAUUGGUAUGGCUGUGGGAUGGUUUUUGUACAGAAUCGACUGCAAAUUGAAAAUUAAUAAGCCAAUAAAAAUAGCCGGCUGGACAGCAUCAAUCGUUACAUUAUUAAGCAUUGUUUAUGGACUAUACGGAAAUACUCUCGGACCAGUUUCUUCAACGAUGUAUACUGUAUUUUCUCACUCUGGUUGGGCAGUUAGCGUAGCAUGGGUACUCAUUGUUUGCGUUACUCAAAACGGCGGGUUUGUCAACACCUUUCUAUCCUGGAAAUAUCUAUAUCCGUUGUCGAGAUUGACUUACUGUGUUUACCUGAUUCAUCCGACUCUGAUGAGAGCAAUGAUUCUACAUAGUGAAAGUUCUUUACAUCUCUCUCGAGUGUUCAUCGCAAUUUUAUUUUUUGGAGCAACAAUAGCUUCUUACACAGCAGCACUCAUUCUUAGUUUACUUUUUGAAGCUCCAAUGGUUUCUUUUUUGCGAAUUUUUCAUCCAUUGCGUCAUUGGAAGAAUUACAUCAAAAAGUCAUCAGAUUCAAGUCGUAACCAAAGCAAAAUUGAAGGCCAAAUUGUUUUAAAUUAAUUCAUCAUUACUAAUUAAUUUUAUAUUAAAUUUGUACAUAUGUAAUACACAAAAACAGAUUAUCUGACACAA